AUUGUUCUAGAUGUUACUUUCCCAACAAUGUUGAUAAGAAAAUCAGUAUUUAAGAACUUGUAACGAUGUGUAUGCAAUUUGAAGCAAAUAUAAAAGGUGUAUUUUGAAGAUGAAUGUUGUAGGCAAACUUUUUGUUAUAGUGUUAAUCGCCGGAGCAGUGUCAGCCAAUCCGCUAAAGGAAAAAGAAGCAAAAAGAUUUCUGGUGAGCAAAUUAACAAAGGAAGGAUUAGAACUGCUGGCAAGGAAACUAACAUCAAACAGACAAGUCAUACGCAAGGCAGAACAGUUACUGAAGGACUACUCUGGUCAUACAUUUCACCUCGAUGAGUUCAUAGAUGUUAUUGAUAACGUUGUUGGCCGAAUGGACGCUUUAGACAAACUUGCUAGUAGUUACUUUGUCGAUGCUGCUGUUCAGCUGGGAUUAUCAAGAAGUGUUGGUCUUGGUAUUUACCACACCGUUGUUACAUUGAUAGGUCUUUUUAUUUGAAAUGAAAUAUAUAAAGAUUAACAAUUUGUAUGUUAGCUAAAUCCUUUUUAUUUAAAGGAAGAAGUCGGAAAUCAUUUCACGUCUUUUCCAUUAUACUUUUCUGUAAAUACUUCGGAUGGAACAGAGCUUCCGCAUGAUAUUGGGCGACACUGAACGUGUUAAACGGUUGGCCGAAUCCUAAAAAACUUUACAUCUGCUAUAUGAAAAUUAUCAUUAUUUUUAAUUACAUCUUCUCUGUGAUGUAUGCAUAACAUGAGAC